UUUAAAACUCCAAGCUCCUUUUGAGCACAAAUCACCUCAUUUAUAUUCGGAGGGAAAUUUACCCGAAUUCCUCUGCCCCGUCAAAAUGCACCGGUUAUUCUCCCGCCACAAAAAACAAAUUCCCUCACUCUCCUCCACGCGCCGCCUCUAUUCUACCACCGGUGCCGCUGCUUCUUCAAAUCUAUAUUCAAAAUACUCCUUCGUACCUCCGCCGUCCCUUAAACCCCAAAACCCUAAUUGCACUCAGUCACCACCUAAGAAGCAGCCCAAACCUCGGUACCGUCCGCCGUCAUCACUGGACCGGACCGGUGAAAAACCGGUUCAGUCUAAGUUGCCCUUCGACUUCCGGUUCAGUUACACUGAGAGCAGUCCGGGUGUGCGGCCUAUUGGGCUUCGCGAGCCCAAGUACUCGCCCUUUGGGCCUGGGAAGCUUGAUAGAGUGUGGACCGGAGUGUGUGCACCUGUCGUUGACCCGAAAGUUGGGUCCCCGGAAGAUGAGAAAAUGGUGGAGGAGAAGAGGAGAGUUGGGAGAGACAGAAUUCAGGGAGAGCCUUUGACCAAUGCUGAGAGGAAAGUUCUUGUGGAAAGGUGCCAGAGGCAUAAAUCCAAGCGGCAAGUCAAUUUGGGGAGAGAUGGUUUAACACAUAACAUGUUGAAUGAUAUUCAUAAUAACUGGAAACAUGCUGAAGCUGUAAGAAUAAAAUGUAUGGGCGUGCCUACAGUUGAUAUGAAGAAUGUUUGCACUCAGUUGGAGGAUAAGACAUUUGGUAAAAUCAUCCACAGACAUGGUGGUUUACUUGUACUCUACAGAGGAAGGAAUUAUCAUCCCAAGAAGAGGCCUGUUAUCCCCUUAAUGCUUUGGAAGCCUCAUGAGCCUGUAUAUCCAAGGCUUAUAAAAACUACUAUUGAUGGCCUGAGUAUCGAGGAAACUAAGGAAAUGAGAAAAAGAGGAUUAGCUGCUCCUGCAUUAACAAGACUAGCCAAAAAUGGUUACUAUGGCAGUCUUGUACCAAUGGUACGAGAUGCUUUUCUCACUGAGGAGCUGGUUCGGAUAGAUUGUAAAGGCCUUCAAAAGAGUGAUUACAAGAAAAUAGGCUGCAAACUGAGGGAUUUGGUUCCUUGUAUUCUCGUGACAUUUGAUAAAGAGCAGAUUGUGAUAUGGAGGGGUAAAAACUACAAGCCUUCUGAGGAUGGAUUCUUCCUUACAGAGAGAGCAUCAUUUGAUAAUUCCAGUAAUGAUUUGGAUGAUCAUGACGUUGAAAGCGAAAGUGGAGAAGGAAUUACUGGUGACAGUAAUUAGAUCAUCUUUUGAUGAAUUCGCUAAAUAUUUUUGGGCUUCAAGCAGUUAUAGUUGACACGAGCUGAGGGAAUAUAGCCACACACAAUACAACCACCAAAUACAAGAUUGCAUUGCUUGGGGAUGGAUCAAGAUAUACAUGAUUAAAAGAACAUGACUGAGCUGUCGAUGGCUGUCAUUCACUGUACAUAUACCAUAGCAUGUAUUUUUCACAUCUGAACUGUUGGCUCUUCCAAAACUUGGAAAAUUUCCAGCUACUGCAUCCCUCAAAAGGCAGGGGUUGGCAUAGGGGUAGAUAUAUCUAUUUGCACGUGCUUUGAUGGGAGUAAAGAAUAUCACGUGCGUGCUGCAUGCGCACAUCAUGGUGAUUAUUUAAGUCCCAAUCACUUACCCAACUAUUUCUGCCGGAAUAUUAUACUAAACUGACAAAUCUUCUUCGUGGAUCUCAAUGUAAUCAGAUCCCAAAAUGACUAGCUUAUUUUACAUGCUUCCCAAUGGUCCUGUGCCUUCCCUGCAAGUUCAUCUGGGCUCUAGAUAGUAGUUUUUCGCUUGAUGUUUACACCAAAUCAUGUUUUACUGAAUUAAUGACGCGAGGAAUGUCAGUGAACACCCGCGGUUAAAUUUUAAUACUUGUUCAAACUGGUACAUAUAAUAAGUUUUUACCUCGUCUCCCACC